GCAAAGAAACAGGAAAUGCUGCUGGUGUGAAUACAAAACUGCACAACCCCUAUGAAGGGGAAUUUGGCAGUAUUAAACAAAAUAAUAUGUUCUUUUACCCUUUGACCUAAAAUCUCAUUUAUAGAAAUGUAUGCUAAAGACCCACUGGCAAAAGCAUAUUAUAUAUGCACAAGGAAACUUUUGUAUAGCAAAAGACUGGGAAUAGUCCACACAUCCACUAUUAAGGGCCUGGCUAAAUAAACUACACUACAUCCAUAUAUAACCAAAAAUAAUAAUUAUGCCCAGUUCAUUUAAAACACAGUAUCUUGAUUGUACAUCCCUAGUUGGAUACAAUUUUAGAAAAAAGGAAGUACAUGCAAAGUUAAACUUCAUUUAUCUGUUAGCAAUAUCUCUAUUGUUAUUCUGUUUUUAUUCUUUAUCCUGUUAUUGCUAUUGUUGUGUUUAUAUACCUGUGAAUAUAGGUAGAUGAAGCAAAUAACCAUUAUGUUACUAUUAAUAUUUAUUAAUAGUAACAUUAAUAAUAAUUAAGGCAAUGAAAAGAACCAAUAUUUUCAUUGCCUCCUUGUGUGUAGGAAAAAAGAACCAAUAUUUUCAUCUUAAGAGAAAGGAAGGGCCGGAUGUGGUGGCUCACACCUGUAAUCCCAGCACUUUGGGAGGCCGAGGCGGGUGGAUCACGAGGUCAGGAGUUCAGGACCAGCCUGGCCAAAAUGGUGAAACACCGUCUCUACUAAACAUACAAAAAUUAGCCGGGCCUGCUGGCAGACGCCUGUAAUCCCAGCUGCUUGGGAGGCUGAGGCAGAGAAUUGCUUGAACGUGGGAGGUGGAAUUUGCAGUGAGCCGAAAUUGUGCAACUGCACUCCAGCCUGGGCGACAGAGCGAGACUCCGUCACACACACACACACAAAAAAAAAAAAAAAAAAAGAGAAAGGAGACGAAAAACAAGAAGAGCUCAGCUUUAAAAAAGGAUUACGACGUAGAAAAAGACACAACACUGAAGAUUGUCAUGGGUCUUUAAGAAAAGGAAAUUUGAGACGGCUAAAACGCAGAACAGUGUGGAGUUUGGGGAAGAGAUGUGGCUAAAGACAGCGUAAGCAAUUUUUUAAAGUUAUGUCUGAAGCAAGAGGAAAAGACAAGGAAUAGGUUCAGUUUCAUCUCUGAUACACCGUUUCUUGUUAAAAUUGAUGUUUUUUUUCUGCAGGCAUUUACUUCCUGAAUGAUGGCCCCACUCAGCCAUCCACCUAUACUUUCUACAAAGUCAAUUUAUACUGAUCCUUCAGAUCAGUUAAUCACUGGUACGUUUCCCCUUCCCGGUCAAGGAUCUUUUAUUAUACGCUAUCAUAGAAUCAUAUUCCUUUCCUUAGCGCACUUCUCUCAACUGAUAAGUGCCGCCAUUAAUGUACUUACUUGAUAAAUAUAUGCCUGCCUUUCCUCUUCCAGGGCCGAAACUGUGCCUGGUUUUGCUCAUCAUUCUACAGUAUAUAGCACGAGUUCAAUAAACAGUUGUUAAAGCAACAUAUUUAACUUACAUUUUGUUCCCAUCUCUUCACUCAGAGACUUUUCUUUGGAUUGGGAAGGGUAAAAUAUCCGAAGAUUUGAACUCCAAAAGAAACAAAAUGAUUCUAUGCAAACGUUUCCUACUUAAAACUCAUUCAUUGGGCAAAUAUUCACUUAGUCCCUGGCACUAUUUGGUAAUAGGAAUACAGGAGUGCAUAUGGCAGAUAAAGUUCCGUUGCUGCCCUUACCAAGUUUCGUGGGGGUGAGAUGUGGUGUUGGUAAAUGCAUACUAUUUUGUCUGUAUUUAAAUCGAGUCCAAAUCUCUCGCUCUACAGCCCGCCUUGGGAUGUUUCUUAUAUCCCAAGAAACAGAGAAUAUUUUGAUGGGAUCGCUGAUGUUUCAGACUGCAAAAGCAGCUCAGGGCGUUUGCAGUCGUGCAAGUCAACAAGAUAACCGUCUGGACCGGAAGCUGGGCUCCUCCCGGUCUCCUAACUCCAAAUCCAACACCAAGCUUCUGCAGCUGCCACCUCCCGUAGACUUCGCAUUUCUUCCGCACUCUCCUCUCACGACGGGUCUUCUUUGUUGUACUUAAUUUCCUACGCAAUAAGAUUUCAGCAUCACCAUCAGUCCCGCAAAGACUAAUUCCCACAGAGCCGAAGUUCCCACCAAGGGCCGAGGGUUAAGGUUACUAAAAUCAGCGUUUCUGAAUCCUGUCUCAAGUUGUCUCAUCUGGGCUUCCGUAGAACGGUUUCUUCGUAAGAGGACCUUCAGCGACCGCCGAGCUCGGAAAAGAACGGGAAUAAGUUGUCUUUUACAUUUCCUCAAAUACUGUGAAUGGUCUGAGGCGCAGGUCAGGUGUAUUUAAAAACCUUUAAACAGUAUUCCCCCGCCCCAAAAACUGGCCUUGAAGGAACAAGUGAAACUCAUCCUGCUUUUCAUGUUUGCUGGGUUUGCCCGUUACACCCCUUCGCCCGCACCUACCUAGACAGGCAGCUCUCGGCCACCCUCCGGGGUCCUGAUUUUGAAAAGAGAAGUGGACCAAUCAGAUGUGGAGCGCUGUUUGGCGCUGCCAUUUGAGCCUGGGCUGAAACUGCGGGUGUGACCCCCCGUGGUGGCUCCGGGUGUCUGCGGAGGAGCUAGGGGCGGAAGCAUGAGGCUAACGGCUUGGCUUCAGUGAACGCACCGGGAUGUGCAGGCCGGGAGGUAGAGGCAGGCUGAUGGGGGAGGGAACGAGCAGCCUGUGAGACGGGGUGACGGCGGCGACCAGCCCGGGCGGGCACCGGGACUGGAAGAGUUGCCUGAGCAGCCGGCUGGUCCGGCGGCCAGGCUAGGGCGGGGGCGAGCGCCCAGUUGAGCCUGCUGGGGCUGGAGGAGCGAGAAGGGUUCUCUUCACAUUUCAGAGCGAACCAGACGGGGACAGUAAGGUUUGGAGGAAGGGGGAUCGUUGGAAGUAGCAGGAAGUGGAGAGAAUCUGGCAAUAGGCGAGAAACCGAAAGAAUCAGAAAGAAGUCUAUGUGAGUAGCUGAAAGAAUUGGGUGACCAGAAAGAAGGUCGGUGUAAGUGAAAGAAGAGUGAGGUGUGGCUGGAUCAAAGGGCUAAGAGAAGCGGGUCUGUGUAAGUGGAUGUGAGUGAGGAUCAAGGAAAAGCCGUGGAAGUCGCCGGGGGUCGGGGCCGCAGAAGUGCCAGACGGGGCCGGAAAGCAGCCGAGCGGAGUUCAAAUUUGAGAGCGUUUGGAAAUUGGAAGACUUGGUGGCGAACGAGGGUCAGGACCUGCAUCCUGCCUCAGAGAGUUAUCGACGUAUCCGGAAUGUGGGAUCAGAGGCUGGUGAGGUUGGCCCUGUUGCAGCAUCUGCGGGCCUUCUAUGGUAUUAAGGUGAAGGGUGUCCGUGGGCAGUGCGAUCACAGGAGACAUGAAACAGCAGCCACGGAAAUAGGGGGUAAAAUAUUUGGAGUACCUUUUAAUGCACUGCCCCAUUCUGCUGUACCAGAAUAUGGACACAUUCCAAGCUUUCUUGUCGAUGCUUGCACAUCUUUAGAAGAACAUAUUCAUACUGAAGGGCUUUUUCGGAAAUCAGGAUCUGUGAUUCGCCUAAAAGCACUAAAGAAUAAAGUGGAUCAUGGUGAAGGUUGCCUAUCUUCUGCACCUCCUUGUGAUAUUGCGGGACUUCUUAAGCAGUUUUUUAGGGAACUGCCAGAGCCCAUUCUCCCAGCUGAUUUGCAUGAAGCACUUUUGAAAGCUCAACAGUUAGGCACUGAGGAAAAGAAUAAAGCUACACUGUUGCUCUCCUGUCUUCUGGCUGACCACACAGUUCAUGUAUUAAGAUACUUCUUUAACUUUCUCAGGAAUGUUUCUCUUAGAUCCAGUGAGAAUAAGAUGGAUAGCAGCAAUCUUGCAGUAAUAUUUGCACCGAAUCUUCUUCAGACAAGUGAAGGACAUGAAAAGAUGUCUUCUAACACAGAAAAGAAGCUACGAUUACAGGCUGCAGUAGUGCAGACUCUUAUCGAUUAUGCAUCAGAUAUUGGGCGUGUACCAGAUUUUAUCGUGGAAAAGAUACCAGCCAUGUUGGGUAUUGAUGGUCUCUGUGCUACUCCAUCACUGGAAGGCUUUGAAGAAGGUGAAUAUGAAACUCCUGGUGAAUAUAAGAGAAAGAGAAGACAAAGUGUAGGAGAUUUUGUUAGUGGAGCACUAAAUAAAUUUAAACCUAACAGAACACCUUCUAUUACACCUCAACAAGAAAGAAUUGCCCAGCUAUCUGAAUCACCAGUGAUUCUUACACCAAAUGCUAAGCGUAAAUUGCCAGUAGAUUCUUCUCAUGGUUUCUCAAGUAAGAAAAGGAAGUCCAUCAAGCACAAUUUUAACUUUGAGCUGUUGCCAAGUAAUCUCUUCAAUAGCAGUUCUACACCGGUAUCAGUUCACAUCGAUACAAGCUCAGAAGGGUCAUCUCAGAGUUCACUCUCUCCUGUACUCAUUGGUGGAAACCAUUUGAUCACUGCAGGUGUGCCAAGGCGAAGUAAAAGAAUUGCAGGCAAAAAAGUUUGCAGAGUGGAAUCAGGAAAAGCAGGCUGCUUUUCUCCUAAAAUCAGCCGUAAAGAAAAGGUUCGAAGAUCUCUGCGUUUGAAAUUCAAUCUAGGGAAAAAUGGCAGAGAUGUAAAUGGAUGUUCUGGUGUCAAUAGAUAUGAAAGUGUUGGUUGGCGACUUGCAAAUCAACAAAGUUUAAAAAAUCGAAUUGAAUCUGUAAAAACAGGUUUGCUUUUUAGCCCAGAUGUUGAUGAAAAGUUACCAAAGAAAGGUUCAGAAAAGAUCAGUAAGUCUGAGGAAACCUUACUAACUCCAGAGCGACUAGUUGGAACAAAUUACCGGAUGUCUUGGACAGGACCUAAUAAUUCAAGUUUUCAAGAAGUAGAUGCAAAUGAAGCUUCUUCAAUGGUGGAAAAUCUUGAGGUAGAAAACUCUUUGGAGCCUGAUAUUAUGGUAGAAAAGUCACCUGCUACUUCAUGUGAACUCACCCCUUCCAAUUUAAACAAUAAGCAUAAUAGCAACAUAACAAGUAGCCCUCUUAGCGGGGAUGAAAAUAACGUGACCAAAGAGACUUUGGUGAAAGUUCAAAAAGCGUUUUCUGAAUCUGGAAGUAAUCUUCACGCAUUGAUGAAUCAGAGGCAGUCAUCAGUAACUAAUGUGGGGAAAGUAAAAUUAACUGAACCAUCUUAUUUAGAAGAUAGCCCAGAGGAAAAUCUAUUUGAAACUAAUGAUUUGACUAUAGUAGAAUCAAAGGAGAAAUAUGAACACCACACUGGUAAAGGUGAAAAAUGUUUUUCAGAGAGGGACUUUUCACCCCUUCAAACUCAAACAUUUAAUAGAGAAACAACUAUAAAAUGUUAUUCAACUCAGAUGAAGAUGGAACAUGAAAAAGACAUUCAUUCAAAUAUGCCAAAAGAUUAUUUAAGCAAGCAAGAAUUCUCCAGUGAUGAAGAAAUAAAGAAACAGCAGUCCCCAAAGGAUAAACUAAAUAAUAAAUUAAAAGAGAAUGAGAAUAUGAUGGAAGGUAACUUACCGAAGUGUGCAGCACAUAGCAAGGACGAGGCUAGAUCCUCUUUCUCACAGCAGAGUACAUGUGUUGUAACAAACUUGUCAAAACCUAGGCCUAUGAGAAUUGCUAAACAGCAGUCAUUGGAAACAUGUGAGAAAACAGUUUCUGAAAGUUCACAAAUGACAGAACAUAGAAAGGUUUCUGAUCACAUACAGUGGUUUAACAAGCUUUCUUUAAAUGAACCAAAUAGAAUAAAAGUCAAGUCACCUCUUAAGUUUCAGCGUACUCCUGUUCGUCAGUCCGUCAGAAGAAUUAAUUCUUUGUUGGAGUAUAGCAGACAACCUACAGGGCAUAAGUUGGUGAGUCUUGGUGAUACAGCUUCUCCUCUGGUCAAAUCAGUGAGCUGUGACGGUGCUCUUUCCUCUUGUAUAGAAAGUGCAUCAAAAGAUUCCUCUGUUUCAUGUAUCAAAUCAGGUCCUAAAGAACAGAAGUCCAUGUCAUGUGAAGAGUCAAAUAUUGGUGCAAUUUCAAAGUCAAGCAUGGAGUUACCCUCGAAAUCUUUCUUAAAGAUGAGGAAGCACCCAGAUUCAGUGAAUGCUUCUCUUAGGUCUACUACAGUUUAUAAACAGAAGAUAUUAUCUGAUGGCCAAGUUAAGGUUCCCUUGGAUGAUCUGACUAAUCAUGAUAUAGUAAAACCAGUUGUAAAUAACAAUAUGGGCAUUUCUUCUGGGAUAAAUAACAGGGUCCUUAGGAGACCAUCAGAAAGAGUAAGGGCCUGGUACAAAGGUUCUCCAAAACAUCCUAUCGGAAAAACUCAAUUACUACCAACAAGUAAACCUGUAGAUUUGUAAUUGGUAAAUGUUAUACUUGUCAUUAAUGUAAAUAAAGUGAGCAAUUGGUAUGACUUGCAGGAUGAUCUACAUGUUAGUUUGUAGCUCAGGAUGAUUGUUAAGCAAUAGAUUUGCUCUAUUGAAAAUGUUUCAUUUUUUUCACUGUACAAGCAACUUAGAUUUUUAUUUGUACAAAUUACUUCUUUGUUUUUCUUAAUGAUGGCAAUUUUUAAACUUUAAUUUUAUUGUGAUCUCUUAAAGCAGAGGUUAGACUUUACCUUUCUGACUCUGUCGUCCAGGCUGGAGUGCAGUGGCGCAAUCUCACUGCAAGCUCCACUUCCUGGGUUCAUGCCAUUUUCCUGCCUCAGCCUCCCGAGUAGCUGGGACUACAGGUGCCCGCCACCACGCCCAGCUAAUUUUUUGUAUUUUUAGUAGAGACGGUUUCACCGUGUUAGCCAGGAUGGUCUCAAUCUCCUGACCUUGUGAUCCGCCCUCCUCAGCCUCCCAAAGUGCUGGGAUUACAGGCAUGAGCCACCACGCCCGGCUAGACUUUACCUUUCUAAAGAAAUUGUUUAUUGGAUUUAUAAGAAGUUAAUUUUUGAAAAUGACAUGAUAUUUUUGUGUGAUAGAAAGAAUGGAGCAAGUUGUGCCUAUUUCCUCCAAGUCAGAUAAGGCUUCUAAAAUAAAUAAAUUUCUAGCAUAUAAAGGGUAGAGAUAAACUCUGCAAAUCUUAUGUCUGGAAUUAUAUUAAUGUUUAUUGUCCUUACCAAAAUUCCUAGAAAUUAAUUUCCUUCAAUAACAUCCUAAAACUCUAUUUUUAUUUGGGGCAGAGUAAUUUCAUUUAUAGUGCCAGUAGGUGUACCAUGUGUUCACUUGAACUAAGAACAAUGGUUAAGGCGGAAUAAUGACUAAAAUAUGUUCGUAUAUUAUGAUGUGGAAAUAAUUGAUAACUUUUAAGCUAUACUAUGUUUUUAAAGAUAAUUUGCACAAACACGUUUGUGUCUGUUCUGUCCAAUAUAGAUUUGGCAAUUAUUUAAAGAGGGAUAAUCUUGAAAAAAAUUAACCAAGGUGAUUUCUUAUAUGUAGAUGCUCGAUUUUGGAAUUUGAAAUAGUAGAUGCACCUCUUUACCUUUUUUACUUGGAUAAAAACCUAUGAUGAUUUUGUCCUGUGUGUAAAUGUUAUUUAUUUAGCAUAGACAUUAAAGAUAACUCUCUGGAAAAUGA